UGAACGUGUCUACCUUGGACGCAACUCUAUUCCUUCAUAACCUCUGCCUAUUUGACAUGGAAAUGGCCGUUGUUUUGUGCCCAACUCAUGUAGUGAUUUAGAAGACGCCGUAUUCUUCUGCAGCCAUUUCAACGGCAAAAUCUUUUCAGAGCAUAAAGCUUCUGUACAAGUUGUAGACUGCUGCAAGUGGAAGAUGCACGAGUGAUGGCAUCAAAUUUUAUCUCAGCCCAUGAAGAAAUAUAUAGAGAGUUUUAUCAACCAGCCCUCAUAAUUGCAGGAUGCUCUGUACUUGUAGCAUUGAUCCUCUCCAUCUAUCUCAUUCUCCAACAUCUCAGAUCAUACACCAAUCCUGCUGAACAAAAAUGGAUUGUCGCUAUUGUUUUCAUGGUUCCCAUCUAUGCCGAUGAGUCAAUAAUAUCCUUGUUGUUUCCAAGGUUGUCUCUUGCAUGUGACAUUCUGAGAAACUGCUAUGAAGCGUUUGCCUUGUAUUCUUUUGGGAGUUAUUUGGUUGCUUGCCUGGGUGGUGAAAGUAUGGUCAUAGAACUACUCGAAAAUAAUUCAAGGAAACAGCUUGGCAAACGACUGUUAGAAGGGGCAGAUGAGAAUCAUUCAGUGCAGCAAAAGUCCUUCAGAAACUUCUUCUUUCAACCUUGCAUUCUUGGGAAAGACUUGCUUGUGAUAAUUAAAUUCGGCCUUGUGCAAUAUAUGAUUCUGAAGACAGUUUGUGCUUUCUUAGCUUUCUUGUUGGAAAUCUUUGGUGUUUAUGGUGAUGGGGAAUUCAAGUGGUUCUAUGGUUAUCCAUAUAUGGCAGUGGUAUUAAACUUCAGUCAGAUGUGGGCAUUGUAUUGCCUUGUGAAGUUCUAUAAUGUAACUCAUGAAAGACUUCAGUCAAUAAAGCCACUUGCAAAGUUCAUCAGCUUCAAGGCCAUUGUUUUUGCCACUUGGUGGCAAGGUGUGGGUAUCGCACUAUUGAGUGCAUUUGGAGUGCUGCCAAAGGAGGUGAAAGUACAAGCUGGACUGCAGAAUUUCUUGAUUUGUAUAGAAAUGGCCAUUGCAGCUAUCGCUCAUGUGUAUGUUUUCUCGGCGGAACCAUACCAGUUCCUCCCUGUCUCCGAGAAUGGGAGAGUCACUACUAAAACAUCCAAAGAAGCACUGAAGUUAGAGAAAGGUCCUGAGGAGAAACCAGCCAUGCUUGAAAGGACAGAAACUAAGGUCAACGCUCCCGGAACAAGUGUCACCGAGAGUGUUCAGGACAUUGUUCUCGAAGGCGGUCAACAUGUUGUCAAAGAUGUUGUACUGACCAUUAAUCAAGCAAUAGGGCCAGUGGAAAAGGGUGUGACAAAAAUCCAGGAGAGGUUCCACCGCAAAUCAGUGAGUUCGGAUGGCCAAGAAGAAGAGUCAGAACUAGAAGUAGAGCAACACGUUGACAAUAAUCUUUAGAGAAAUUUAAAAGUUAUGUAUGCGUCUCCCUCAAUUUGAAUCUAAUCACAUUUUCUUCGGUAUCA